AUGAACAUUAAAAUAUUGUUUAUGCUCAUAUUACUACAACCGGUCCGUGAAUCUAUAAGCAAAUUGAAUGUGUUGCCAAAUGUUUCGAUGAAUAUCACGAAAUUUGUAUCUAACGGCAAAGAUUACGAUACUAAAAAAUUUCCAUAUUUAGUAUUUAUUAGUUUCCAAGAUUUAAAGGUUAACAAAAGUGGUGCGUGUACAGGUUCACUGUUAAGCAAAUAUUUCAUUUUGACCGCCGCUCACUGCACUAUAGAGUACGAGGACAGAAUAUCUAUAAUUAAAGUAUUACCUAUAUGAUAAUUUUUGGCAUAUUAAAAUUUCCUAAUUUUAAAAUAAUAUAUUCAAUGAAUUUAAACCAUUAGGUAUAUUACCUGCAAUAUGAUUAUUUGAAUUCCGGUCAGUCAUAUCAAUGCGAGAAGGCAUAUACACAUCCAGACUAUGUCACUGAUAAAGAUUCAGAUUUAGGUUUAUUGAAAGUAAGGUGCUUACCUAUUAAUUUUAUGUAAUAAUUAAACAUGGUCAUAAUUUAUAGAUUUUGUAUUUUAAACAGUUGAUAAUGCUUAUGAAUCGAUCAAUGUCGUAGCAAGGUAAUUGGGAAGGAUAUAUAGAAUAUCUUAGUUUAAUAUACUAUAUUUAUGUAACGAUAAAUUAUUGUUGACGAAAACUAUUCUUACCAGAUUAGUUGUCUUUUUCUUUAUUGCCAAGAGAAAUUUGGAAAUCGACAAAAAUCAAACAACAAAGAAUACUUCCGUGAACUGCAAUAUUUUUUCCAUCAUACUUUUUAGUAAUCAAUAGUUGUUAUUUUUUUCUUAUUUUAGUUUCUGAACGUAGCGCAAAAUGUAUUCUCCAAUAAAAAAAAAUGGCACGAAGUCUCUUUUAUUUAUUUCAAAUCUAAAAGGCACAUCUAGAAUUAAUUUUUUUAUUAUCCCAGUGGUUUUUAUGAAAGUUGGAAAAAAAUCUGAAAAAAAUGAAUAAGAUAUUUAAUGGAAAACGUUAGUGUUCAUUCCAUACUAUUUCUUAACAUUCUGAAUUGUUUUCAUUUUUUUUUUUUUAAAUAAAAUUUGGUUUUGUUUUGUGCAAUAGUCUUUUUCGAUUUUCCGUGAUUUUUUUUUAUAGUUGAGAAAAAUGUUUAUGACUCUUAAUGUCGUUUCAUUAUUUCUGAUUUUGGGUUUGAUGUAUAACUUCUGUACAAAGGGUACGAAAAAAAUUAUCACGGCCGGCUAUCACAAAAGUUUUUUACUAAAGAUUUUAAUUCCUUAAUUCUCAUUAACUCUUAUUUAUCAGCUAUUUACACACAAACACAGACGUGGACUGACUGGGGUGCUAGAUUCUUACACCAUUUCAUGUUCCGAAAAUGUGUUUGCCCCAAUCCGUAUGAAUCCGAAUAUUUAAUAUUAAUAUGUAUUUUCAAUAAGAAAGUUAUCAUUUUUUUAUAGUCUAAUAAAAAUGUUUCAUAGAUAUAUCAAUAAUAAAUAGAUUAUUUUGCAUUAUAUAAUAUGCAUUUUCUAGACAAUGCGUUAUUUUCAAAAUAUUCCGUGACUAUUCGUCACUAUCGAUAUUUUUUCUUUUAGUUUAAAUGACAAUAAUGUUGAAAUUUAUUUUUAUUAACAUUUUUAUAUUAUUGUUAAACAAUUUAUAAAAUAGUAUACAGUUUUCAAUUUAAAUUUGUUAAAAUAUAUAAGACCGAACUUGCUUCUUAGUCGGUUUUCGUUUGUACUGAUUUUUUGAUUUUCCUAAGAAUUUUCGCAAUAGACAAAGCAACACUAUCAACCGAACUCUUCUCGGAAUCUUUUUUUGUUAGCAAUGAUUAAUCGUUGCAUACAGAUGCAUAUUAAUUUACCUUCUACUAUCUAAAAACUUUUAGACUUGUGGUUAUUUGUAGAAAAUUCAUUUUCAGUUUUUUGCAAAUACGCAUGUGUAUACAACAAUCUAAGGCAUAAUUGUAAUUUAGCUACCGAGCGAUUUUUUCGAUUUAUUUUUUUUAAACAUUAGGGAAAUUAAUGUUUUAAAAAUGAUGAAGAAAUGAAAAUUGGGGCUGUUAUUCAAUAAUUUAAAAGUUAAAGUCAUUUAAUGAUAGUCGAUUUUACGAUUAUGGUUAAAUGACAUACAUACGAGUAUAUAUAUACAUAAUAAACAAAUGAUUAUUAAAUUAAUUUAUUAGAUGUUUUCUGGGUUAUCAAAUAUUAUUUUCUGAUGUUACCUACACGACGUGGUUUUGCAUAACAAAUCGAGAGUUAUUUUUUAUUAAAACAGUCUGAGCGAGCGCAGCGAUCUAGUGACACCGCUAGGUUUCUAGGCACACCCAAAAUACUUUUUCACUUUAUCUUAUUACCUACCAGACGGGUGAAGCUGGGUAAGUUAAUCAUUUUUUUCAACUAGUUAAAGUUAAGUUAGUUUAAUAUAAAAUCUAACUAAGAUAGAAUAUAAGUUAGUUUUUAAAAUUUUCCAAAUUUUUAACUUAAAAGUUAGGUGAAAAUAUUAACUUAAGUUAGAGGUCAGUUUUUUUUUUUUUUAAAUAUAAAUUGAAAAACCAGCUCAAAUGUAAAGUAUUUACGUAAAUUAAUUAUUAAGUAGGUAAAUUAUUGGUGAUGAUUGAAAAAUUUAAAUUAAACUGGUCAAAUGUUUCAAGUAGGUAGGUUCAAAUAACUUUAAUUUCUUGAAAAUGAAUUGGAAUAUGAGUUAUUAGACAAUAGAAAGUUUAUCAAAAUAACAAAUAUACAAACAGUGUUACACUAUAUUUGUCUACAUUGACACAAUAAUAAUAAUAUAAAUAUAAACAAAUAAACAUUCAUGAUAGUAUGAACUAUGAAUGUAUGAUACAUAAUAAUAUAAUAUAGCAUAAUAUUACCUAUAUUGCACAUAUUGGUUAUAUCACAUAGUUUUAUUAUAAACAUAGGCCACGAACAUAAUAUUAUAAUAGGCUAUAGGCUAUAUGUCUAUAAUGCGUCGUAGUUACGGUGUAUUACCAAUCACCAAAAGCCACUGAGAUAGAAAAAAAUAUAAUAUAGAAUAUAUUGAUGUUAUAUAAAGUGUGUCUGCUGCGGCUAUUUGUCAAGACGACAAUAUUUACAUCAUGCAAAAUUGAUUAUGAGUCAUAAAUUAAAAUCACUUGGUUUUAUACGUUUUAUAUACUGAUUACUGUUACUGUAUAAAAGUAUUCAUAUUUUGUUUAAAUUAAUUAAGGUGAUGUUUAAUCCGCCAAAGGGCAGUAAAUACAUAAUAACGUGACAAUAUAGACAGAACAAACUAUAAUAAAAUAUUGUUGCAAAUAUUAUGUGACAUAGCGCAUUGAAGGGUUAAAUUGGCUCUUCACGUUUAUAGUUUCAGUUAUAUUUUAAACCACUAUGCAAUUUUAUAAUAAAUAAUUAUAAUAUACAUACAGAGUAAUCAAGGUAAGUGUUUACAUUUCUCAGACAUUGUUUUUUAGAACGUUUACGAUUUGCCAUAAGGUCAAUCAAUCAAUUUUAUAUUCCUGUUAUUUUUUGGGGUCAAUCCAUUACCUACUAUUGAUUUUUAAAUACCAACCUACAUUAAAAAUAUGACAAGUAUUUGAGUGGGGGGGGGCUGAGAUAUAUUUGCAAAUCACAUUUUAUGUUUGUUGAACUUAUGAGGGUUUCUAAAUUUAAAAUUUUUUGAACAUAUUCGUGUAGAUAAUAGAUAAUAUUAUGAUUGCGGAUUCAAGGCCAACAGAUGAAAACAUCACCUGUGUUUCUCAGCUUCUUCACACCUAAAAUAUUUGAAUAAUUGAAUACGUGUGUUAAAUAAAAGUAUUUUAAUAUUUGUAAUGCCUUACAAAUUUGAACAAAUGUUUUUAUUUUUCGGAAUGUGGUAAAAGCUAUUAAUACUUAAUUAUUCUUAAUUUAGUUUUUAGUACCUUAUAAUAGUUAAAUUACUCCCCCCCCUUUCAUUUUUUUGGUUCACUUUUUAACCUAAUUUUUUCUUCUUAUUUAUAUCAUUAUAUUAGCCAUAUAAUCUACUUUAAUUGUUUUGGAAAACUUGGCUAAGAUCGAAAAUGACCUAGGAUCAUUUAAUGAGUUCGCAUUGCUUAUUAUUUAUAAAUUAAUUGCAUUAAAUGCUGAUGAUAUUAUUUAUUGAUUUGCAGAUGUUAACAAAGAAAUAUAAAUCAUAUUUUCUAAAUAAAAGUGUGCUUUGUUCUAUCAAAUGUCUUGAAUGUCUUGAAAUGUUUUUUUUUUGAGAUAGGGUUUACCUCCCUUAAUAUCGCUUCUUUUAACCUGUAUACGUUUUACGUUCUUCUUCUCGUGUCGAUUUUUAUAUUCCCUUCCCUUCCCAAUAAGCAGCAAUUUGUACUGCCUUAUCUGAAAUAUCGGUUAUCGUUAUAAAAUCCUCUUUUCUGCACUUAAUUUGUAGUAGUGGACACGCAACCAGAUGGUCCACGUCCUGCUACACACCGCAUUCGCAUUUUCCAUCCUCUUUUAUUCCCCAUGUUUUCAUAUUAUCCGCUGUCCUUUUAGUUUCAGUUCACAAACUAUUUAGUGUCUUCCAUGUUGACCAUGGUAGAUGACUUCCAGGUGGUAAACUUUCUUUCGGGUUCUUUUAUAACUCUGAGUUAUGCCCUUUCAUUUAUUUUUUCCAUAAGUCUAUUCUUGUUGUAUCAGGCGUUUGUGAUAGGCUGAUUUUUUUCGGGACUUCUUGUUUUGUUUUCUCUAUCCUUGAUGGACCACCUCCAGCCUUAUGUUAGGAGGUGCUAUCCCACAUAGUAUUUGUACUUUCUAAACUGAGAUUGGUCUCAAGCAUCCUGUAAUGAGUCUAUUAGUUACAUUUAGGGCUACAUCUACCUUCUUGGCAUGUGCUGUUUUUUUUUUUUUUUGGCACAAGUAUAUUCACCCGUCAAAUUGCAUAAUGAUAGGGCCUUCGUUCUUAAGACAUGAAGGUCUGCGCCCACAUUGAGAACCAACCAGUUUCUAAAGUAAAAAGUUUUUUGCUCCUAUUUAUUUUUUUCUAUUUUCACAAUGAUUUCUUUAUGUCAGGGCUCUAUCAAGUUUAAUGCCUAGGUAUUUUAGUUUAUCGCAGUGCUUUAAUUCUGUGUCUUGACGAUUAAUUUUAAAUUUCCGCUUAGCGUCUCUAUUUUGUAAGUGGAAAGCAGUUAUUUAUGUUUUUACAGGAUUCAGUUUGAGAUAGUUGUUAUUUUAAUAUAACUUCAUAGUAUUAAGCCUAAUAUUCAGACUCUCUUCUACCCUCUAAAAUGUUUUGCCCUGAGUUAUAAUAUCGAGGUUAUCAGUGUAUAUAAAGUGUUUCAUUUGGUCUCCAAUUGGCUGGUCAUAAGUGAUCAUUGGUGCUAGUGAACUUCCUUGAAAUAAUUCAUUAUUUUGUUCUCUCAAUCUGUUUUUUUUUUUGUUUUGUUUUGCAGUGAUACAUAUAAGUCUAUUCUUUAGUAAUAGACCAAUGAUUUUGUGAAUUUCACAUCUUCUAUUAGCUCAUAUAUUUUCUUUAGCAGCAAUUUAUUAUUAACUGUAUCGUAUGCAACGUUAAAGUUGAUUAAAGUCGUAGCUGUUAUUACCUUGUUCUCAUAGCCUUUCUCUAUUUUUUUAACAAGGUUAAGUAUUUGCCCCGUGCAUGGCUUACCAGUCCUAAAGCCAGAUUAUUCCUGUUAAUCUUGUGGCUUAUACUAUUCAGUAUCAUUCUCUCAACAAUUUUAAAUGUAUGACUUAUGCUAAUAGUGACACAGGUCUAAGAUUACAUGCAUCUGUAGGGGCUUUUCCAGGAUUCAAUAAUGAUACAUCAUUUAAUUUUAGCCGUUCUGUCGGAAUACUGUUGGUUUAGAUACAGUUAUUGAACAUGUUUAUUAGCCAUUCUUUAGGUAUGGAGCCUAGUUGAUUAAUCUGUUCCGUCAUGAUACCGUCGAUCUCUGCUACUUUCCUGUUUAUUAUUCCGAUCGCCUUAUUCAACUCAUUUAUUUCGAACAGUUCGUUGAAGUCAUUUGUGUUAUUAUUUAUAUCCAUUUUAGAUUUAAGCUUAGUUUUCUUUCCAUUUAUUUUGCCAUUCAUUAAUAAUUUGUAUGCAAUUUAAUCAAAUUUAAUUAAACGUGUUGCGUUAAAAAUUUUAUAUGGAAACUGUAGUAUUCUCAAAUCUUUUAAACCAGUCUGUGUUCAAAUCAAUGUUAACAACCCCAUAUUACAUUAUUUUUUGGUUUAUUUUAUUAAUAUUAUUAUCUAACUAUAAUAUGAUAUAAAAUUUUGUUUACAAAGUUAAAAGACCCAAUAAAUAAAGCUCAUACAUUUGCAAGAAUUGGCGGCUACCCUGGAGACUUUAUUAAAGGAUUAAGUUGCACAAUCAUUGGAUUUGGUUUGACAGGUAAAAAAGGAAUUCCGGAAAAGAUGUAUCGAGGACAAAUGGCUGAUGUUACAGUCUAUUAUAACGAUGAUAAACAUUGUUUCGAAGGUAUUCCAAAAAAACCGUGAGUAAUAAUGUUUUUAUAAAACACAAAUCACGCAUCACUACUUUAUAGUGAUGAAUAUAUUUCAUUUUCAUUAACCAUGUAUCUUAAGAGGACGUUAUUACCUUAUCUGCUGUUAAAAACGUAGUAUCCACGACAAACGUCGUGUUAUUGACAGAAGCUAUAGUUGUACCUAUGGAAAACCAUGCUAAUUUGUGUUAAACCAUCGGCAAGUUUUUCAACAGGUUUUUAUAGUUUUUAGAGAUAAAAAAAAUAGGGAAAAUGUACGAAUUAUAUUUCUUAAAUUUUAAGAUAUUUUGUUCAUGUGCAUAAUUUUUAACCAGCGAUUUUGCUUCAACAUAUAAUGAUAACAAUUUUCUGAAAAAUAAAAUUUCACUUAAGAGAUACUUUAGAGAGGUCAUUUUUCAAUUUUCUCUGGGGUUUCCUCAGCAAAUGUGAAAAACCGGGAUAAAACAUGGGAAAAUCAGAAAAAUUUAGGAAAACUGAGAAAAUCGCUACAACAUCAAACAAAUAUUGUAAAAGAAAAUACAUAAAAUAUAUUUAAUUAUUUUACUAUUAUUAGUUAAAUAUUAUUGACAAAGCGUCACCAUCAACUGAACUCCGCUCUGAAUUGUUUUUUCGUAAGCAAUGGUUUAUUUUUGUUUACAGGUAUACAUAAAAUGAUCUAUAACAGUGUCUACACCCGUCCCCAUUAUCAUAGGACCUCUUUUAUAUUUUGAUUUUUAAAUACUUAUUUCUAAGGUUUCUAUAAAUCCUAAUUAAGUGAAAUAUGCCAAAAAAUAUUUUUGUACCAUUUUGAACUCUUUCUGCAAAGAACUUCUGCAAGCUUCAUUUACAAUUGCUUUCCUUGUUUUUACCUCUCUUCCACCUUUAUCCAUAUUCCUUCGAUAGGGGUAUUUUUCCCGAUGUUUGGAAAUCCUUUCCAUUAUUUUGAUUUUAAAAUCUGGUGAACCAUCCAAUGUUGUUAACUAUUAUCCUAUAUCUAUCACAACUCACCUUGAACAAAUCUUUGAACCGAUUGUGUUUGAAAAUAUUAAUAGAUUAUCUAAUCAUGUAUUCAUUAGAGUGCAAAAUCGGCUCCGUCACGGUAAGUUUACUAGUAGCGUUGACUUUACAAGUUACAUUAGUGACUGCCUUGAAGUAAACAAUCAGGUUGAUGUUAAUACUACCUUUAAAAAAAACAUUUGAUACAAUCAUCUAUAAACUAUUAUUAAUUACCAAAUUGGAAUGCUUAGGUAUUAGUUAUUCACUGUUAUCCUUGUUUAAAUCUUAUAUUAUAUGUCGGUUUCCUGUUCUGAAAUUUUCAAGUAUUUCUGUUUAGUUAACUAACUUUAUUCACUGAAUACCUACCAAAUAAAAAUUACGGAAAACUGACAAAGUUAAAAUAUGAGUAUUUUGUGAAAACAACAAAUCUGUUUGCAUGUUUUCUAAUUUUUAAAAGAAUAUUAGCAUCAUAAUUUAGGUGUUUUAAGAGAAUAUAAAUUCCAGACCCGGAAACCUCGCCGCAACCUUCUCACCGCCAAAACUUAGAAAUUUGAACAAUGACUACUGCAGUACACAAUAUGUAAAGCUAUAAUCUACAGCUAAUCUAUAGUUUAUAUCGUCAAAUAAUUUUUAUUAUAAAGUACAUUAGAGUAAUAAGGAAAAAGAGCCAAAUCGGCCACUACCCAAAUUCUUAAGCACUAUGUCGUCAAUGGAUUUUCAUUUGUAGUAUUUAGUAAUAUUAAAUUUUUAUGAUUCGAAGGUGUAUAAAAUUGCAUUACACAUAGCUUAUAAAAUUAUUUUAUCAAUAUUAAGUAUUGUAGAAAUAAUAAAGUAUUACAACUUACAAAUAUGUUACGGCUACUGUAAACAAAUCUUAAUUAACCAUCUCCAAUAUAAUUUGUAAUAAGUCCCUCAUCAAUCUGAUGAAUAAAAUCUAGGCAAAUCUCUCAAUUUUGGGGGCACUAAUAAGAUAUUUUUCACUACUCUAUUCUAAUCUCGGGGUACAGCGCUCAAACUCCGUAGGUAUACAAAAUAUUUACAUAUUUUUUUUUUACAUUGGAUUUUUUCGAUUAUGGCAGCAAGUCGGUCGCGGCGAAGUUUCUUAGACCGUAUAAAUUCGGUCUAUAUCAUCAAAUUGUCUUUUUUCCCAAUAAUUAAUAUUAUAAAAUAUAAGUUAAAUUAAAAUAUAAUAUUUCGUAUGCAUAUGCAUUAUAAUAAAUACACAAUAUAAAGAGAUAUUAAAGUAAGGGUAUUCUAUAAAUAAAUAAAAAUCAACUUCAAAUGUUAGGUAUUAAUAUGUAGAAGAGUUAUUUAAAUAGUUGUCACAAAAUGACAAAAAUUCUAUGCCACUUACUUCAGAGAUCAUUUUGAAUUUUUUAUAAAUCAAAGACCAAGCUAUCGUUCUACAUAUUUUUAUUUAUUUAUUUAUUUCUUCAAUCCAUAGUUAAUAGGUGUACUGCAUAUGUAGUAUAAUAGAAGAGAGAGAGUAGCACCUAUUAUAUUUUAUAGAUUUUUUGUUUAUGUGAACUACGUUUUUUUCAUCGACAGUAUUAGUAGUAGUAUGUUCUAUGGCUCUAUGGUCUCUUUAAAUUGAACAAGGUUUAAAUUUCUAACCAGUUCAUUAGACGUAUAAAUGUAUAAAGAAUGGGGCAGCUAUAUGCUAUAAGCUACUCUACUACCCCGUAGUAUAGACUAUGGAUGGAUCUUAUCUCGUACUCAUUUAAUGAUAUAAAUGUUUAUUUUCAAAAUUUAUUUGUCUCCUUCAAAUUUUGUUUUGUAAAAUAGAUGAAUUUUUGGGUUUAAAUUUAAAUUUAACACAUGUCUUUUUUCUGUUCUAAUUAAAUUACUGUGUGUGUAAUUAUGAAAUUUCAUUAUGUUACACUUUGUUUUAGUUUCAAAAACAAAAAACACUUAUGUGUGAAAAUUGGUAAAAAAGGAACAUGUGGUGGAGACAGUGGUGGUCCAAUGAUAUGUAAUAAAUGUCAAUAUGGGGUAUGCUCUUCUGAUUCCCUAUUUGACAAGGACCUUAUAAAUAACAAAACAUUAUCAUGUGACUCAGAUAAAAAGCAAUGUAAACAUAUAUUUGUUUACAUGUUCAAAGACUGGGUAAAAGAAAUAACGGGAAUUUCAGAGUAUUGUGGAAACCCGCAGAAGAAGAAAGGAAAGAAGAAAAAAAAAAAAAAAAAUUGUGGGAUAAUACCAAACCAUGAAUUAUACUACGUAGUGGUUUUUAUCGUCACUGUACAUAAUGUUUUUCUAAAAUAA